UACAGUACACACCUACACAAACGCACUGAGUGCAACCGAAGGCGGCUACUGCAGCGCCCGGCUCCAUGAGCAGCAAACAAAUGGGACGGUAAGAUGUAAGCUGAUAGGCUGGCAAGCUCACCAGCUCCUCCCUGCUCAUGCCGCAUGGCCCCAUGGGCCUGCAGCCUACUGCAGGUUGUCGGGUGGUGCGGCCAUGCCUGGACUUUUGCUCCUGGAGGAUGGGAUGGGGAUGGAAUGGGAAUGGUGGCCCUGGCGGCCUACUUAGCCUGCUUGAACUGCUCUGCAGGGAAGAGAACACGCAUUGUUAGGCAGCGUUAGCUAUUGGUGUCAGAAAGCGAUUGGGGUAAACCUGGCCCGCGUGCAUAGUAUUGAGUUCUCCUACUGAGUUUUUGUUGUACUCAAGCAUGGUUUUCUGAUGCUCUCACCUACCCACCUCUGGAGUCUGGAGGAUUGUUUGAGGGCCCGGCUGUUUCACCGCCCUGUUCGUAAUGGUUCUUGCGAAGGGACGGAAUGGUCUACUCCGUUCCAUUAUGGGAGAUCAAUUGUGAGUUGGCCACUGAGAGAAACUGGGAGGCAAAAUUGUAUGGUGAUAUUGUUUGUAAUGAUCUCAUGAUAAAUGUUAGUAUUGAUGAUGAUGAUUAUGCAAUCGUCAGAAGGCGG